CUCCUGCAAAUGGGAGCUAAACCAAACGUGCAAGACCGAGAAGGAAUCUUCCCCCUCUUUUGGGCUCUGUUCAAUGGGGAUGUCGCUCUCGUCGCAACGCUAAUCGAGCACGGUGCAGAUCCCAUCGUGUUCGACAGUGACGGUUGCAGUGCCCUGCACUACGCGGCUAUCAAUGGCUACACGACGGCUUUAAGCUCCCUGAUCUCUCUCAAAGCCGACGUCAAUACCCAAGAUACAGAAGGUUGCGCUCCUGUUUUUUAUGCAGUGCUUACAAGUCAUCCCGAAGCUGUUGAAAUCCUCCUGUUGAAUGGCCGAGAUCUUGUCAAGCAACAGCCUGAAAGUCAAGUUUGA